AGCUGAUGAUGGUAGAGAAGCAUAUCUUUCAGUUGAUGUAAAUAAUAGCAAACAGUGAAACUAAAAACGGUUAGCGGAAACCAUUAAUUCGUAUUGACAAUGCCCCCAAUGGGCGAUCCACUCCAAGUGAACAAUAUGCUGAAAUUAGCCACAAUUUGUCUGAACAGUGAAUCGAAAUAUGUUUACGUUUGUUAUCACUGCGACAGUUCAUUUACAGAAAUCACAGACACUUUGUGUCAUGUCGAAAUGCAUUACGAUACCAAAGUGAAUAUACCCAAACAAUUCGUGAUGGAUGAAACGGUUGGCAUUGGUGUUUUCGGUACGAGCGAAAAAAUGCCGGCCGAUCGGUCUAUGGACGAUGGACAAGCGCUGAGUGAUGGAAUCAAACUGGAACCGAUUGAAGUUGAUUUUAUUGCUCAAACAAUUAAGUCUGAGGAUGAAGCAAACGAAUACGAGAUGGAGCCAGUGUUUCCUGAGGUUGUUUACGGCGAACCAUCAACCCAGUGUCGAUUAUGUGACCAGCAGUUUCCCCAUCCAUCGACCCUAAUCGUUCAUUUGAUGGAAAGUCAUGCAAAGGCAACGAAAUUCAAAUGUCCCGCAUGCUCGCAGAGUUAUUCCAAUGAGUCAACGUUCCUGAAUCAUCUGUUCAUUGGGCAUAUCCAGUGCAAUGAGACAACUUACGAUGCUGUGAUCGACCAUAUAAUCUCUACGUGUGACACCGCCGCCGGGAAUCGUCCAUUCACCAAAUAUCAGAUGCGAUUCCUGAAAACCUGCGACAUAUGCUCCGAACAAUUCUCGAACACCAAACAUAUUCGCAGACAUAUGAGAGAAGUGCACGUCAAGACGCGCAUUAUCGAUCACCAUACUCGAAAGGAUCUUACUACGGGGCGUGUCCUCGAUUGCAACAAGUGUAAUCUUCAAUUCUUCAAGAGAUUCAACUUUUACGCCCAUCUAUACGGUCAUUUGACGUACGACGACCGAGUCAGUGACAUGGACGACAGAGUUUUAAGACGACAGCUGCGACAAUUCCUGGACGACAAUAUCUUUCAAGACGAGUCAUCGCCGGAUAAACCAAUGUUUCAGUGUAAACUGUGCAGGAAAGAACCGACACAAGGGCGAAAGAGUGCAGAAUACCAUAUUCUACAGCGACACAUCCACUACAUGAGACCAAAAACACUGCCCAAAGAAUUCACUUGCGAUCAAUGCAACAAAAAAUUCGUCAACGCAUCGAAUCUGGAAAGUCACAAGAAAAUAUUGCAUGCACCGUUAACGUCAACCGUUCAGUGUACGGUGUGCAAUAAAUCUUUUCCGCACAAAUCGUACUUGAAAUCUCACAUGUUCGUGCAUUCCGAAACGCGACGCCACCAAUGCCCAGAAUGCGGUAAAACGUUCAAAAUAUUGCAUCAAAUGAGAAAACACAGUCGCACCCAUUCGGAGGAAACGGUGCAGUGCCCGAUUUGCAACAAAGAACUGAAAACAUACCGUUUGCAGGAUCACAUUAAAGACGUUCACGAGAGUGAACAUCGACCCUACAGUUGUCCGGUGUGUUCGCUGGCAUUCAAAACGAAAAAAACGCUGACCAAUCACUCCUACCGACACACUGGCGAGCGGAAAUUUGCCUGUCGUUUCAAUUCCGGACUCGAUUGCAAGGAAAGGUUCAUUUCAACAGCUGCACGGCGAGCACAUGAGCGUUCGAAACAUGAAAGUCGGUAAGUUUCGCUGCAUUAAUUCACUGAUGAGAGAAAUUUUUGUUAUAAGC